GUUCAAAUUACCUAACAAAAUUUGACAACACACGCGAAUCAGGAAAGUGGAAAGGCAAUAAACCCGGCCGGAAUCAGGAGAAAAUGCAUACGGAUCUUUCCUCACAUCUGCACACGCCCGCUUGCAACAAGUUGAUCGAGGAACUCCAGGCCUGCCACGAAAAUAACGCCUUCGCAAAAUUUGUGGGCGUGUGCAACUCCAUUGACGACAAGGUGGUCAAGUGCCUAAAAGGCGAGAGAAUCGCCCGAUCCGCCGCUAAUCGCGCCAAAGCCCGUGAACGUCAGGCGAAGUACAAGGAAAAGUUGCUCCAGCAGGAAAGUAACUAAAGGAAAGAAAUCAACCAGGAUGUCAGUACAAGCAGAUGAUCCACUGGAGCCAUUCUACUUCGAGCACGAGGAGCAGGAGAUCUGCGGGAAGCUCGUAGCUCCCAUUACAGAUAGCUUCCAGGAGGAUUACCCCAGUGUUGUAGAUCGUUUUUUCACCAGAUAUUACUACUUCAAGGGAGAUGUUCCCUACCAAGUGCUCUACCACUCCAAUCGCAUUUGUCUGAUUUGCCUGGCUCCCGAGCACCCUGCUCUAGCUCAAGGCAUCUCAUCGGUCAACUUUGAUAUAGGGAACGUAGAUCGCAGCCAGAAUGUGGUCAAGGGAAAGGGUAAAAAGGGCGGAAUGAUCCUACAGGCGGAGUCCACCUUGGCACUGCUCACCACAGCAAAUGGAGGGACUUACAAGGUGCCCAGCUGCAUUCGGGGCAAGCUGGUAGAGGUGAACACCGCCAUUGUGGAGGAGCCAAAGCUUCUGGAGCAACUCCCCGAGGGAGCCGGCUACUUCGCCAUUCUUCUGCCCAAAAUCGAAAACUGCGAUGCAAUCAAGGCGAGUCUUUUAACCCAGGAGCAGUAUGAGGAGCGCCUAAAAUCGAAAAACGAAGGUCUACCUCAAAUUGAGUCCACCGGGGACCACGCUCAAAACAAAAAUAAGGAGAUUCAGGCGUGAUUUUGACCCUUGUUUUGUUGUGCUUCUUCUAUAAGGCCUUUGUAUUUUAAAUUAAUGAUUCAUACAUAUAUUAUAUUGCUCAAAGUCAAUGAGGACUUAAAUAAUAAUAAUUUUGACAGUAAACCAC